GGCCGCGCAGUCUCCUCCGGUCGCCGCUGGCUCCGACCGAGCUGCUCGGGAGAAAGCAGGCGGCGGCGGGCGCCCGGCCGCGCGGGCAGUCUCGGGACAAUGGGGCCGCGGCGCUUGCUGCUCGUCGCCGCCGGCCUCAGCCUGUGCGUUCCCUUGCUGUCUUCCCGCGUCCCCCAGCGCCAGCCAGAAUCAGAGAUGACAGAUCCUACUGUGAACCCCCGCUCAUUUUUUCUCAGGAAUCCCAGCGAAAAUACAUUUGAACUGUUCCCCCUAGGGGACGAGGAGGAGAAAAAUGAAAGUGUGUUGCCCGAGGGCAGGGCAGUCUACUUAAACAAAAGCCACUCUCCUCCCAUUUCACCUGCUCCCUUCAUCUCGGAGGACGCCUCGGGAUACCUGACCAGUGCCUGGCUGACGCUCUUCAUCCCCUCCAUGUACACCUUUGUGUUCGUGGUCAGCCUUCCGCUGAACAUCCUGGCCAUCGCAGUGUUUGUCUUGAAGAUGAAGGUCAAGAAGCCCGCCGUGGUGUACAUGCUGCACCUGGCCAUGGCUGAUGUGCUGUUUGUGUCCGUGCUCCCCCUCAAGAUCAGCUACUACUUCUCCGGCACUGACUGGCAGUUCGGGUCUGGGAUGUGUCGCUUCGCCACCGCGGCGUUCUAUUGCAACAUGUAUGCCUCCAUCAUGCUCAUGACUGUCAUAAGCAUUGACCGCUUCCUGGCGGUGGUGUACCCCAUCCAGUCCCUGUCCUGGCGCACCCUGGGCCGAGCUAACUUCACUUGCCUGGUCAUUUGGGUGAUGGCCAUCUUGGGGGUGGUGCCCCUUCUCCUCAAGGAGCAGACCACCCAGGUUCCGGGGCUCAACAUCACCACCUGCCAUGAUGUCCUCAAUGAGACUCUGCUGCAGGGCUUUUACUCCUACUACUUCUCAGCCUUCUCUGCUGUCUUCUUCCUUGUGCCGUUGAUCAUUUCCACGGUCUGCUACAUGUCUAUCAUCCGGUGUCUUAGCUCCUCCACAGUUGCCAAUCGGAGCAAGAAGUCCCGGGCUUUGUUCCUGUCUGCUGCGGUGUUCUGCAUCUUCAUCGUCUGCUUCGGGCCCACCAACAUCCUCCUGAUUGUGCACUAUCUGCUCCGCCCCGACAGUCCCGCCACAGAGGCGGCCUACUUUGCUUACCUGCUCUGCGUCUGUGUGAGCAGCGUGAGCUGUUGCAUCGACCCCCUGAUUUACUACUACGCCUCCUCUGAGUGCCAGAGGCACCUCUACUGCAUCUUGUGCUGCAAAGAAAGCUCUGAAACCAACAGUUACAACAGCACCGGCCAGCUGAUGCCGAGCAAAAUGGAUACGUGCUCUAGUCACCUGAAUAACAGCAUAUACAAAAAGCUGUUAGCUUAGGGAAAGGGAUGCUGGAAGAUUACACAAAAAAAGGCUGGAGAAGUGACCAGCCAGGGGAUCCCGUUAGUCUCUGCAUCUACCAAUGUCUGAUUUGCAUGCAUACUUCUUACAAAUGCUAUCAAGCGUAUAUAUCGGUUAAUCACCAGCAAGGUAAUGGGAACAGAGGUAAAGGUUUCCAAUGUUGCCAGUGUCAUGAAGCUAACUGAAUGUCACUUCUUGUAUGUCUAUGUGACUCCAACACAUGGGUGGUAUGCACACACACAUUAGCAGUGCAGGAUGGAAUCAGGGCCUUGACACUUCCUUGUUUAUUCUCUGGCUGUUACUAUGGAGAGAAUCUGAUUCUCUGACUUAGUAAAGCAUGGGUUGGUGGAUGUUAGCACUGCGCAGCUGAAGAUGUCUAACGAUAGGGAAGGAGUCCAUAGUUUAGACCUAACACAGCUUCCGCCAGUACAUAUAUUUUCAGAUUAUUUGACAAUAAUGUUUAAGUGAUAAAAGGAUGGAACAGUAUUAUCUGUGUAGGGGACAGUCUAGUACUUCUCAUCUUGAACAUACCGCAGUUUAAGACUCAUCAAAGCAGUUGGAAAGCCCGUUUUGAUAUGGGUAGCAUUUUUGCAGUUCACGUCUGGAAUACAUGCACCAAGGUGAGCAUAGACCCACCAGGGUCAUAAGAAACCCUUCAAAGCCACCAAGCCUGAGCACUGGGCACAGCCGUCUCCUUGGAGAGCUCUGAACAGCAGGCACAUACCCCUUUAGCUCUGCCUCCUAGCGAGCGGAGGUGGGGGCCACCAGGCCACCCAUCCUGUUAGGAGUCCCGUUAGCUGUGAACUGACUGUAUCUGUUAGAAAAAAGUAGUAACUACGAAAGGUGUCUGAACAUCCGCAUCCGAGGAGCCGAGAACGGUGUGUUCACGUCUAGUAGCUGUCCCCGCAAGGCUGGCGCUUGCGUGGACACACCCACAUGCCCUGGCAGUCUGUUGGGUACUGGGCCUGCAGACUGACUGACUGACUAGGAGAAUAACUGAGUCCUGCCCUGACUAAAGCAAAGCAGAUAGCUGACAUGUGGUCAGGUGUGAUGUCUGCGCCUCAAAUCUACCAUUGUACAUAGACGGUUCUCAGCAACAACACCAAGCGUCUUUCACAAAAGCAAAACCUAUCAGCUAAACAGCUUUGGAUAUCUGAGUUUUUACUUCCAGUAGCUAUAGAUUAAGAUAAAAACACAACACAAGGUGUAUAUUUUUUAAAUAAAUAAGCCCCUCGAUCUAUAAUUAGACACUAUUUAUUUACAAAUAUUUUAUGAAAAAUUACUCAAAUCAGCCAGGCAUUGUGGCACACACCUUUAAUCCCAAUACUUGGGAGGUAGAGGCAGGCAGAUCUCUGUGAGUUCCAGGCCAGCCUGAUCUAGAGAGUGAGUUCUAGGCCAUUUAAAGCUGCAUAGUAUGACCGUGGCUCAAAACAAACAACAAAAUAAACAAAUUUAUUAAAAAGCAAGCAAACACAAAAAGUGUUACUUAGGUCCAGUUUUAAGAAAUAUAUAGCUCAGUCUGGUUAAAAAAAUAAUGGGAGGAAAUAAAAUUGAGAUUAAAAUGCAGAAAAAUUAUCCUACAUUUUCUUAAGAGUUGUUGAAAUUAUUUUAAAUGGCACACACAGUGACUAACAAGCAUAUAAAAUCUUCAUAGAUUUGACAAAGUAAUUUGAAAAUCAAUUUAAGAUAUAUCCUUUGCCUGAUUAAAAUAUGUUGCCAUUUUAAUAAAAUAAAAGAGUAGAAAGGGUAAAUGUUUAUUUAAGAGAAAAAGUAUUUCCAAAAACUGUAGGGAAGAGUCCAUGAAAGUCCUGUAGGUGUACUUUUAACUCAGUUACUGUAUUGAUUUACCUAAGUCAUUGACUGGCUGUUGUGUGUUCUGUGACUUACUAUAACUAUUAUUAUUGUACUUGUGGACUUUUAUGGCACUGUUUUGUGUUCACUCUUUUUUAAAAUAUUAUAUAACAUAUUAAUAAACGUGAAAACAUG